AUGGCCGUCAACGUCGUCGUAUCGAAGACCAUUGCGGCGGUGUUUCUCAGCAUAGCACUUUACAACUUUCUCGAACUUAAUGUCUACAUUUUUACCUUGUUCAAGAGACGGAGCGGGCUCUACUUUUGGAGCUUUACCAUCUCAACAUGGGGUAUCGUCUUCAACGCCACCGGAUACACGCUCAUGCACCUGGCAGAGAUCCCGGAAAAGAACAUUUACGCCACAUUCAUCCUCAUAGGAUGGUGCGCCAUGAUCACUGGACAAUCGGUUGUGCUUUACUCGCGAUUACACAUCGUGAUGCAUAACAGAAAGAAACUCAGAGCCGUUCUGAUCAUGAUUAUAACCAACGCAGUGUGGCUUCACAUACCCAUCAUUGUUCUGGUCUACGGCGCCAACUCAAGUAACCCGGACCCAUUCGUCAAGCCUUAUGCGAUCUACGAGAAGAUCCAGCUCAGUGUCUUCAUCGCCCAGGAACUCAUCAUCUCCGGCCUAUACGUUUUCGAAACCACAAAACUCCUCCGCAUGGAACGUACAAUCGGCAACUUUGGCACGAAAAGCCUACUUCACCAUCUCAUGUUCGUCAACUUCCUUGUCAUCCUCCUUGACUUCAGCAUCUUGGGCCUCGAAUUUGCAGAUAUGUUUGAGAUCCAGACCUCGUGGAAACCACUCGUAUACAGCAUCAAGCUCAAACUCGAAUUCAGUAUUCUCAACCGCCUCGUCCAGUUGACCAGGAACGCCAGGAGUGGGUGUGCCAGCUCGUAUAGUAACGGCGCCAUUCAAUCCCAAGGCGUGGCACUAGGCACCAUGAAGGGAACAAAGAAGGGAACGAGCCAUCAACGCUCCGUUCUAGCCACCGCCACAGAUCAUCAUGAGCAAUGGGAGGUGCACGUUAGCAAGGGAAAAGCAAACAAUGAGGCGUUCCCAUCGAGCGUUAUAAAAACAACAGAAUUCACGGUCCAGAGCCAUGCGCGCGAAGACAGCGAGGACAAGAUUAGCGUGGCAGGGAGCAAAGAAGAGAUUCUGGCCCAUUCGGCACCUCAUGACACCCAAGGGACUAGUACUUCUUCUGUGUCGUCAGACCACCAGUAUGGGAGAUAUAACAACCAGCCAUGGCAAUAA